AUUUUAUUGUAGACAGAAAAAAUGAUGGACAAAAUUUUCGUAAAAAAAUUUAAUCUAUAUCGAUCAAUGAAAAGUCACGAUGGACCGAGUUUAUUUUCAGCUGUUGUCAUGAUAGAUUUAAAAUGUUGUGGUUACCUGAAUCCUUUUGAUUUUAAUGAAGAUACAAUUGAAACUGAAGAUGAAUAUGAUGGUCACAGUUACAAUGUUGUUUUAUUACCAAUACCAUGUUGUUUAAUGGAUAAAGAUUUAAAACUGAUUGAUAUCGAUUGUCCAAAGUACCAUUACAUGUCAGAGAAUACUCACAAGCAUCAUAAUACAGGCUGUAAACAAAUUUUUCGUCAGAAAGCAGUUAGUUAUAUUGCAUACCUUACUUAUCUAUCAAUAAUUUUGAUAGUAGUCAAUAUAGCACUUGUAGUAUGCGUCGUUCUUGUGUUGAAAGAAUUAUGGCUAUUGCUUUAAAGAUUGAUACACGAUUAUCAUCGUCUCAUCACAGAAAUCAACAACAUUUGUAGGCAUUAUUCACAACGUCCUACAUGGUUCGAGAUAUGUAUGUUAUUAAAAGUGACCUGUGCUAAAAAACUCAGUGAAGUAUUCUUGUUAGUAGACAUUUUGAAAUGAUCAAGGUGAAAAAAGAACCUAUUGACAGGUUUACUUUGACUGUAUUUUCCUGUAUUUCUUUGUUCAUCUUCAUUCUAUUAAUGAUCAGUUUAAAAAUUGAAUGAAAUAUUGCAGAAAAUGGGUAUACUGGUUUAAUAAUUAUACAACUAGCCACCAUAUACAAAGAUAAAUAGUAUGUUGAUAGUCUAGUAAGUUAGAUGUUAAAUAUAUAUAUUU